AUGGCAUACAAAUCCACCUUCCCAGCCAUUGAAGUGCCCAAAUCCAACAUCCUCACGUACCUGUACCCCCCCAACCAAACCGUCUCCGACAAACCCAUAUGGAUCGACGCCAGCAACCCGGCCACCUCGCUCUCCCCGCGCCAGAUGCUCUCCUGGGUCCGACGUCUAGGCUACGGCCUCGAUAGACUGGGAAUCCCCAAAGGCGAAGUCGUCAUGAUCUUAACCCCGAACCACAUCUUUGUGCCGGUCGCGUACCAGGGCAUCGUCGGCUCAGGACGCGUCUUCAGCGGGGCGAACCCGGCAUACACGCAGUUUGAAAUCGAGCAUCAGCUCAAGGAUACGGGGGCUGGUUUGAUCCUGGUGCACCCGAGUCUUGUCACGACGGCAGUUGCUGCUGCGGCGCGUGUGGGGAUUCAUAGAGAGCGCAUGUUUCUGUUUGACGACUGCCCCCGUGAGACGGUUGACGGCGUGUCGGAUUGGAGGAGCUUUAUCGGAAGCGAGGAAGAGGCGAGUCAGUGGAAAUGGGAUAGCAUGGUCGAUACCUCGACGACGACAGUCGCGACGAUUAACUACAGCUCCGGCACAACGGGAUUGCCAAAGGGGGUGUGCGUCUCGCAUCGGAAUCUGAUUGCCAAUGUCGAGCAGACUAUCUUCAUGCGUGACCAGGGCCACCCUCAUGCGUUGGUCCCGGCGAGUCGACCGGAGGAGCGGUGGGUUGGGUUUCUCCCGCUGUACCAUGCAUACGGGCAGCUAUACGCCUGUCUGAUGGCGCCUAAGCUCGACUUCCCCGUGUAUAUAAUGCGCAAGUUCAUCUACGAGGAGUUCCUCGGCACGAUCCAGAAAUACCGCAUCACGAAUCUCCAAGUCGCGCCCCCGAUUCUGAUCAUGCUGGACAAGAGGCCCGAGACUGCGCGCUACGAUCUCAGCAGCGUGAGGAACAUAUUAUGCGGCGCAGCGCCGUUAUCUAGGGACCUCCAGAACACGAUUCAGAACCGGUUCAAGACGAACGUUGUGCAAGGCUGGGGAAUGACGGAGGUCACUUGUGGCGCGAUCCAUGUGCCGGGGGGUCUCUACGACGAGUCAGGGAGUGUGGGCAUGCUGGAUCCCAACUGCGAGUGUAAACUGCUAGAUGAGGACGGACACCCGGUUAAAGACGGGGAGCCGGGGGAGCUGCAUGUUCGAGGACCCAAUGUGUGUCUCGGAUACUGGAGGAACGAGAAGGCCACGAAAGAAAGCUUGGAUGGCGAGGGGUGGUUGAAGACGGGCGAUAUCAUGGUGGUCAAGGAUAACUGGUUCUGGGUCGUGGAUCGCAAGAAGGAACUUAUCAAGGUGAAUGCCUUACAGGUUUCACCGGCGGAGCUUGAAGCGGUUCUUCUUGGGCAUGAUGGCAUUGCUGAUGCCGGGGUGGUCGGGUUCGUUGCGGACGGCCAGGAAUGCCCGCGGGCGUAUGUCUCACUCAAGGACGAGGCGAAGGGGCUGACUGAGGCGGACAUCCAGAACUACAUGACGGACCGCGUAGCGAAGCACAAGCAGAUUACCGGAGGAGUAAAGUUUGUGGCCGAAGUCCCGCGUCUCGCCAGUGGGAAGCUGAAUCGGAAGGUGCUCAAGGAAUGGGCGCGUCGGGAUGCCAGCGGGCGUUCAAGGCUGUAG